AUGUGCAGCCCCAACCCGGAUGCCCCUGAGCCCGGCUUCACCAUCUUUGCUGCCACACAGACUACGGCCACGUAUCUUGCAUCCACGUACGCCAUUAAUCCGAGCACUUCAGCGGAGGCGCCAUGGACUGUUAUCAACUUCGGUGCUCAGUCAAACAAGAUUGUUGAUAUACAGCCCCUAGUGCUCGGUGGCGCUUCGGGCCAAAGCAAGAGGCGUCCCGCUGGGAAGGGAGUUGCGUUCCAUCAAUUCCAGAAUCUGAAUGAUCCGUGCCUCGACAAGGAUGGACAGAUUAUCUUGCCCGACAUUGCCUUUCGCCAGGUCUUAUGUAAAGAGACCAUGCUUUCGAGUCCGCGACGGUAUUUGCUCUCAAUUCUAGCUGUUUCCGAAGACAACGAGCUCUAUGUCAUUGAUGGCGAACGUGAUCCCAAGAAUUUUGGCCUUCCGACCUUCAAGUACUCUGGCCUGCCAAUUCGUGGAGACGUUUCC